AUGAAGAAACGUAAAAAGGAUAAGAAAGUUCGCGUCCGGUUCGAUAUGAACACGACAGCAAGAAUGAAUCGGGGGUCCAGGGAGGAGCUCCUGGGGAGUUCCCAGGAAGCCCUCAGGAACAGCCAGCACGACUUACGACAAGUCUACGAGAAGGCACUCACGAGAGAGGAGAAAUCGUUCCUACUGAAUGCAGAUCGAGGAGACUACGCUACUGUUAAAAAAUUGAUAGACCAGUACGCAUCAACGCCGGAGAUCCUCGACAUAAACUGCGUGGACCCGCUCAACAGAUCUGCACUAAUCGCUGCAAUUGAAAACGAAAACAUUGAACUAAUAAAACUUCUCCUAGCAUCUGGUAUCAAAGUAAAGGACGCACUUUUACAUGCCAUCAAAGAGGAAUACGUGGAGGCGGUUGAACUGCUGCUGCAGUGGGAGGAGGAACACCACGUCCCUGGUGAACCAUAUAGUUGGGAAUCAGUAGACAGUUCGGCUGCAACAUUCACGGUGGACAUAACGCCGCUGAUCCUGGCCGCGCACCGCAACCAUUACGAGAUACUCAAGAUCCUCCUCGACAGAGGCGCCACCUUGCCAGUGCCACACGACGUCAAGUGCGGCUGCGACGAGUGCGUGAAAUCACAGCUGGAGGACUCGCUGCGGCACUCGCAGGCGCGUAUCAACGCAUACCGCGCGCUCACAGCGCCCUCUCUGAUCGCGCUCUCCUCCGCGGACCCCCUGCUCACCGCCUUCCAACUCUCUUGGGAGCUCGGCCGACUCAGUAGGAUGGAGACUGAAUUCAGAGUCGAAUAUAAGGCAUUAAGGCAGCAAUGUCAGGAGUUCGCGACGUCCCUACUGGACCACACUCGCACGUCCCAGGAGCUGGAGAUCAUGCUCAACUAUAACCCCUGGGAUCUGGACUGUUGGGAGCCCGGCGAGCGGCAGACGCUCGGACGUCUUAAGUUAGCUAUUAAAUAUAAACAGAAAAUGUUUGUCGCUCAUCCAAACGUACAACAACUACUAGGAGCGAUAUGGUAUGAAGGUUUACCUGGAUUUAAACGGAAAAACAUCGUCGGACAAUGCGUACAGGUUGCAAAACUCGGUUUCAUGUUCCCUGUAUACUGCACUAUCUACAUGCUGAACCCGGAUUCGGAGUACGGCAAGUUCAUGAAGAAACCAUUCGUUAAAUUCAUCUGUCACAGCUCCUCGUAUAUGUUAUUUCUUUCUCUACUUUCACUGGCGUCUCAAAGGGCAGAGUAUCUGGUAUUGGAAUGGUCUGGCAUCCGCUGGCUUCAAGAAUUAGUGGCUCAUUGGAAGGCGCACGAGAGGGGCGCGCUGCCGGGCCUCAUCGAGUUCACUGUCAUCAUCUUCAUAGCAAGUUUAAUAUGGGCUGAGAUACGUUCGCUUUGGGAAGGCGGUCUGAUGGAGUACGUCAGCGAUCUAUGGAACAUAGUCGACUUCAUUACGAACAUGUUCUACAUCGCUUGGAUCAGUUUACGAUUCUCGUCUUGGUAUAUAGUACAGCGAGACUAUCGCGCCGGCCUCGAUCCUUGGUACCCUCGCGAGAAGUGGGACUCAUUCGACCCAAUGCUGCUAUCAGAAGGUGCUUUUGCUGCUGGCAUGAUCUUCUCCUUUCUCAAGCUAGUCCAUAUCUUCUCUAUAAACCCUUACUUGGGACCCCUUCAAGUAUCUCUCGGGCGUAUGAUCAUCGAUAUUAUAAAAUUCUUCUUCGUUUAUAUGUUGGUGUUGUUCGCUUUUGGAUGCGGUUUGAAUCAACUUCUGUGGUACUACGCCGAAUUGGAAAAGAACAAAUGUUACCAUACACCAAGUGGAAUACCGGAUUUUGACAAUCAAGAGCGCGCUUGCUCUAUCUGGAGACGAUACGCAAACUUAUUCGAAACAUCACAAUCUCUAUUCUGGGCGUCUUUCGGUCUGGUGGACCUGACAACCUUCGAGCUGACAGGCAUCAAGAGUUUCACCAGAUUCUGGGCGCUGCUAACCUUCGGCUCGUACUCCGUUAUUAACAUCAUUGUGCUGCUUAACAUGCUUAUUGCCAUGAUGUCAAACUCUUACCAAAUUAUCUCGGAACGAGCCGAUAUAGAAUGGAAGUUUGCGCGGAGUAACCUCUGGAUGUCUUACUUCGAGGAUGGCGAUACUGUACCACCACCGUUCAAUAUUGUUCCCACUCCGAAACAUUUCAAGGGCUGGAUGGAUCGCAUCUGCUCCAAACGAGAUCGGGGUUCUAUUCUUAGCAAAUCUCGUGAGAAAGCUCGCGAAGGCCACGAAGCAGUGAUGCGCGUGUUGGUGCGCCGCUACGUGACAGCGGAGCAGCGAGCACGUGACGAGGUCGGCGUGACGGAGGACGACGUGAUGGAGAUCCGACAGGACAUAUCCACCCUGCGCUUCGAGCUAAUCGAUAUCUUGCAUAACAACGGCAUGAAAACACCGAGGAUCAACUUACAAGAUACCACAAUAUCUGGUAAGAAAGGCAAAGUGAUGGAGAGGAGAAUUCUGAAGGACUUCCAGAUCGGCAUCGUCGAAGGUAUCAUAAAGGACGUCAUCUCCAGGGAGAGCAAACCCAAAGAUGUGUUCAGUCAAAUCGCUAAAGCCAUCGUACGGAAGGGUAGCACUGAGAGUAAGAAACGUGACUGGAAUGCUUUGGUUCGCACCAACACAACACGACGAGAUCCGAUCGGUAGGACUUCAGAGGCGGAGACGAGACGCAGCCGACAAUCUCUUAGGCUUCAUAUCUUGGACAACGUGCAGGCCAGAACUAUCGAUCCACAGAAACUAUUGGAGUAUAAUCCAAAUCUAUCUUCUGUGAAUCCAACCGCAAGAGUUGCAUAUGCCAAGUUCAUGAGGAGCAAGAUAAAAUCAGACUUCACGGAGAAACAGAAGAGAGGCUCGCAGGGUGACGUCAGUCUAGAAGAUGAAGUGUUUGAAGCUGCUAACACGACUGCCUCUAACAGAAUAAGUGGUAAAAUAUUCCGAACGAGAACACCGAUUCCAGAAGCUUCAGAUGAUGAAAAUAUAAAACACACUGAAAUUAAAGUAGAGGCCCACAUCGAAAGGAAAGAAACAGAGGCUGCAGUAGAACAACCAAAAGAAUCAAAACAAGAGAAACCAACAACCAGUACUUCAAAAGAAGAUACGACUGACAAAGGAUCAAAAUCAUCAAAGGAUCAUAUCAUUCAAAUAGAACCAGAAGGAGGAAGCCCUUCAAAGAGCUUAUACAUUACGAAGGAAGAAGAUUCUAAUCUUCAAAAACCAUUACAACCAACGACAAGUAAAAGCGAACCUGCCGAACAAAUUUUAUCAGCUGCCGCUUUAGUUGCUGUAGCCAAAGACACGAAACCCGACUCUAAAUCAUCUACUACGGAACCCAAACCAUCUACAGCGGAAUCUAAACCAUCUACUGCGGAAUCUAAACCAUCUACAGCGGAAUCUAAACCAUCUACAGCGGAAUCUAAAGCAGAGACAUCAACCGAAUCUAAGCCAGCAGAAUCAACGGAACCUAAAACAGCAAAACCAGAAUCGAAACCAUCAGUAGCUUUUGCAGAGGAACCAAAGACUCCCAAACCAUCGACGAGUGCUCCUAAACCGGCUAGUAAACCACCAAUGGGUGACAAAGGAAGAUCUAAAGUGACAGGGAAAAUCGUAUCUGGAUGGCUCUAG